GCCAGUCAUAGGCUCUCCUCCAAUAGAAAAGUUGAGACGCACGCGCCGCUCCUCGCGCUUGGUUGUGGGACAAUGCGGUUUUGAUCCAGGUGUUCAUGCUAUGCGGAGAAUUUGAAAUACCGUUUCAUUCUAUUUCACAGCUCAUGUCCUGUCCAUCAUAGACCUCUGUCGGUCUGUGUGGCAGUCAGUAGACAGUCAUGGCUCUCAACAGACUGCUUCUGCUAGUCCUCUCCUCCUCUCUGUCACACACUGUGGCGGUCUUGUUUGGUGAGCCCAGGAUCUUUGGAGAUGACGCUACAGGCUACGGUCCAAUAUUUGAAGAGGAGCCUCUGGAUAUUGUCUACACAAAGGAGUCACCUGACAGACGCAUCUCCAUGAACUGUAGAGCACGGGCCAACCCUGCACCUACGUACAGAUGGAGGCGUGACAACUGGGAGAUCAAGCUGAUGGAGCUGCCUAAUGAACACUACAGUCUGGUGGGAGGGAACCUCAUCAUAAACAACCCUGAAGAGAAGAAACAUGCAGGGACCUAUAUCUGUGUCGCCAAGAACGUCUACGGCACUGUCAUCAGCAAGGAGGCCAAGGUCAAGUUUGGAUACCUGGAGGAGUUCCCAGAUGAAGAGCGGGACCCUGUGACCGUGAAGGAGGGCCAGGGGGCCGUGCUGCUCUGUGCUCCUCCCAAGCGGUGGCCAACUGAGGUGACGUUCCGUUGGAUAUACAACGAGUUUCCGGUUUUCCUCCACCCGGAUAAGCGUCGCUUCGUCUCUCAGAGCACCGGGAAUCUGUACAUCUCCAAGGUGGAGGCGUCAGACGCAGGGAACUACUCCUGCUAUGUGUUUAACCCACAGAUCGGCAAGGGAGUCUACUCCAAGUUCAUCACUCUUAUAUCUACAGAAGAGACCCCAGAGAAGAGGUACAAGGCCGACCUCGUAGUGAAGUUCCCUGACACCACAGCUAUGCUCAACUACAACGUCACACUGGAGUGCUUCGCUCUGGGAAAUCCGGCCCCUCAUAUCGUCUGGAGGAAGAUAGGUGCUACCGACCUGCCUGCUAGCGCUGAGGUCAGCAUGUCUGGAGCGCUGCUCCACCUCUACAACGUCCAGUAUGAAGAUGCAGCAGGGUACGAGUGUGAGGCCAUCAACCAGAAAUGGCAGGACUGGCAUCAGGCGUGGCUCUACGUAGAGGCUGCUCCUGAGUGGGCUGUGACCAUCAACAACACCCAGAAGGACAUAGGGUCAGAACACACCAUGUCCUGUGUAGCUAACGGGAAGCCUGCCCCGUACAUCCGAUGGCUCAAGGAUGGAUACUCGUAUGGUAAAGGUGAGCUGAAGUUCUCCAGUCUGACGCUUGCUGACUCUGGGAUGUACCAGUGUAUCGCUGAGAACUACUGGGGUAUCAUCUACGCCAGCGCUGAGCUACGUGUCAUUGCUUGUGCCCCAACGUUUGAGUUCAACCCAGUGAAGAAGUAUCUUCUAGGAGCUAACAACGGCCGUGUGGUCAUAGAGUGUAAACCCAGAGCUGCCCCCAGACCCAGGUUCACCUGGACCAAGGGAAAAGAAGUGCUCUUCAACAACUCACGGAUCUCCAUAAUGUUUGAUGGGAGUCUGGAGAUCCUGAACGCCACCAGGAAUGACCAGGGGGUUUACACCUGCUUAGCUGAGAACGACAAGGGGAAGGCCAACAGCACAGGGACUCUCACCAUCACAGAGGCGACCCAGAUCACAGUGGCCCCAGAGGACACCCAGGUGAUGGUAGGGGAGGAGGUGCGUCUGCAGUGCCAGGCCUCCUAUGACCCCAGUCUGGACAUCACCUUCAUCUGGUCUCUGGACUUCAGGGUCAUCGACCUCUACCUAGAGAGGAAGCACUACGAACGCAUCAUGGAUCAUGAGGACAGUGGAGAGCUGAAGAUAAUGAAUGUCCAGUUAAGACACGAGGGACGCUACACAUGUACAGCCCAGACUGUCGUGGACAACGUUACCGCGUCAGCUGACCUCAAGGUCAAAGGUCGUCCUGGUCCUCCCGGUGGGGUGAGGGUUGAGGAGAUCAGGGACACCUCGGUGAAGUUGGUGUGGAACCAAGGGGCCAACCACGGCAGCCCCAUCCUCGGGUACACCAUCCAGACCAGAGACUUCUACGCACUAACUGAAGUGGACUGGAGGGACGCCUCCACCUCCCCUACGGCCCUGGAUAGCAUGUCAGUGAUGGCUGAUGUUAUGGACCUGUACCCCUGGAUGGAGUAUGAGUUCAGGGUCUAUGCUACUAACGAGUUUGGAGACGGGGAGGCCAGCAUCCCUUCCAUGAAGAUCAAAACCUGGGACGCAGUGCCUGUGGUGGCCCCGACCAACGUUGGAGGCUACGGGGGUAAAGAUGGAGAGUUGAUCAUCACAUGGACACCCGUGCAGCCGCAGUACUUCUACGGCAAGAAGUUUGGCUACGUUGUGGCCUUCAAGCCUCAUGAUGAUUAUGACUGGUGGUAUGAGACCAUAUCAGACCCAGAGACACGACGCUACGUCCAUCGAGACUCCUCUUUCGGGGUCAAGUCGGACGACUUCCAGGUCAGGGAGUUCCAGGUGAAGGUGAAGACGUUUAACUCCAAAGGAGAUGGACCCUACAGCCUGACAACCACUGUCUACUACCCACGAAAUGUCCCCUCUGAGUCUCCUACAGAUGUAUACGCCAGGCCUGUCUCGUCCCACGAAGCUUUGGUCUGGUGGCUACCAGUCAUGGACACUGGUACCGGCCUUCAGCAGUACAUAGAUGGAUACCAGGUGAAGUACUGGAGGAAGUAUGACGAUACAGAGCCGGGGGCCAAUCGUAUCUUUGUGUCCGCCUCCAUGAACCAGACCAGGCUGGAGAACAUGCUGCCAGACUCCCACUACCUCAUCGAGGUCAGAGCCUACAACGGAGCCGGUGUCGGCCCGCCCAGCGAACACUGCGAGAUGUUCACCAAGAGAGCACCUCCAAGUGUGGCUCCCCAAAUGUGGCGUUAUAUCAGCUACUCUGGCAAGUGGCUGUACGUGUGGUGGCACCACAUCCCCUACGACUGGUUUGGCAAUGAGUCCUUCCCACUAUAUUAUAAGGUGAUGUUCAGGAAGACUGGCUACAUCACAGGGCCAAUCUACAUGACAGGCUGGCACUUCAUUGACUUCCCCAUGCCCCAGGUAGGGGACUACGAGCUGGAGGUCAGAGGUCGCUAUGAGGGAGGAGACGGCCCCAUCAGGAAGAUCAGGCUUCAGGGUAAGGCGUCUUUCCUGAGACCCACUCUCAGUCUGGCCGCCAUGCUACUGCUGGCCCUGUGCAUCGUGGGAUUGGGAAUAUAGAGACGCAGGACGUGUCUGGGUGGACUGUGGGAGAUUUGACAGACACAACUCUCACAUGGACUUCCUAUUUCUCGUUAUGGACUUCCAAUCUUUCCUCAACCUCUUACUGUCUGUAUAUCUUCCCACAACAAAACAGAACACCUUGCCACCAUACAGAAAUGACCUGCCUAGCUACAGAAUUACCUACAUCUACAAGAGUUACUGUACUGUAAGACAUCCACUAAAUCCUUUCUGAUUUACAGUACCAGUCAAAAACUUGGACACACCUAC